AUGGAAAUACGGUGGACUGUUCCUUUAAAGACAUCUUGAUGUCUGGCAGUGAGAGGGUUAAAAAAAAAUAGUGACGUGGUUGAGACUGAAAACGAAAGCGACAAAUUCCUGUAUUCUCGCACAGUUUGGACAAAAAUCGCUGUUUAAUCAACAGAGAAGUGUUGGUGGGAGUGCGGCCUGCGCUUCCAUUAUGGACCCUUUUCACGUGACGUCACAACAAACGCGGCCGCCAUUUUGGACGUGUACUACCAGUAGUUUACCACAGCCAACAAUGAGGAACGGCAGCAAAGAAAGUGUUUAUUUUCAGCAAGACUUCCAUCAUGCCACUAUAUUGUUGUGCACCUGGAUGUAGUAACCAUCAACAAACAAGGCAAGGUUUAUCAUUUUAUCAGAUCCCGACGGAGAAGAUGGAUAGCGGCCAUUAACAGAUUGGCAGCCCUCGGCAUACCAACGCUUGUGUAGUGACCACUUUGUUGGAGGCUGACUGCUUACAACAGCCCCUUACAACAUGACUACUGUGGGAGAAGGUACAAUAGAAAUAGCAGCUCUGGGGAGACCAUUUCAACUGGGAAUGCUGUAUGACUGCAGAAAAGAUGCAAUCGUACCAGGAAUCACGCUUUGGGAUCGAGAGCAGCUGCAGAACAAUACAGUUGCUCGUCCUCAUAUUAAUACAGAGUUCACAGUUACAACUUCAGACACAAUUCAAGAAAAGGCAGAGCACCUAAAAGUUGAUGGUGAACUGAAACUGAGUCUUAUGGGAGGCCUUGUCUCAGUAAGUGGUGCAGCCCGAUAUUUCAAUGACAAUAAAAAGUCAUUUAUACAAGAGAGGUUGACGCUGCACUCCAGAACAAACACCAGGUUUGAGCAUCUGACUAUGAACCACCUAGCACAAGGAAGAAUGGAUCACCAUUAUGUAUUUGAUCAUGAUGUUGCAACACACGUGGUUACAGCAGUGCUAUACGGAGCGGAUGCCUACUUUGUCUUUGAUAGAGAGGUGAAUUUAUCUGAGCACAAAAACAGCAUCGAGGGAGAAGUAAAUAUUGCUGUUGAUAAACUGAAGAUGCUUUGUUCUGCAGGGUUACAGGUAGCACUAAACCUGAAUGACAAAGAGAAAGCUGCAGUGAAAAAACUGAAUUGUACAUUUUAUGGCGAUUUCAUGUUGCCCUCUAAUCCAACAACUUUUGAAGAAGCUGUAAAGGUUUACACUGAUCUUCCAAAUAUGCUUGGACAGAAUGGAGAACGUGCAGUUCCAGUGAAGGUAUGGCUUUAUCCUCUGGUCAAGCUGGACUCAAGAGCAGCCAAACUUCAAAAAAUGGUCACUAGAGAUCUUAUUCGAGCUAUGGAGUCAGUAAUAGAGGAUUUGAAUGUCACAGCGAUGAAAUGUGGUGACUUGUUGCAAGACAUAGUGGCAAAAUCAUUCAGCACAUUUCACAAUCAAUUUCAAGAUUUUCAUCAUUUUUGCAUUGAGUACAAGCGAGAUUUCAUGACAAAACUAGGGUUCCUCCUGCCAGAAAUCCGUGGUGGUCAAUCAGAUAUAAGUGCCGUGCAUGAACUUCUAGAAGCCCAUGAGAAAUCUCCUUUUAAUAGCAGGGAUCUUCAGCAGUGGAUUACAGUGAAGGAAAAACAAUCCAACCGAGUAAAAUUCCUGCUAACGCAGCUCCUUGACCUUGGAGCAGAAGUGAAUGAUGACACAGACAAAUAUUUGCUGGACCUGAAGGUGGACAAUAUAGUUUCUUAUGCUUUUACCUGUCUUCAGCACCCAGAUUGCCUCAUGACCAAACAAGACCUCUACCUGAACCCCUCAAAGAUGAAAAGGAUCGGUGAAAAUCCACUUCAUGUAGAUUUUCAGGAAAAAAUGUCAACCUCUGAUGAGUGCAGGUGCAUGAAGAAUAAUUUGAGAACUUUUAAGAACUUGAUCACCUCAAAUAAGAGCCAAUCCACCAAAUUUAUUGUUCAAAGUGUGCCUCCGAUGUCAGAGUAUCCAGGUUCCUGCAUUCUUGUGUAUGAAAAUGAAUGUAAUGAACCGAUCUGUUUUGUUCCUCCAUCAAAGCCAACAUGUCCAAACACCAAAGGUGUCACAGAUAACAGCAUAACAGUAAAGUUGAGCCCCUCAUGUUCUGCUACACUGGAGAGGAAAGUAUUGUACAAAACGAAAGAAGAAACAAACUGGAAAAUUUGCACUGUCAAUCAAGAUGAUGAAGUUACACUGACAGAUCUUCAACAAGGCACUGCUUAUGAAAUAAAAUGUGGAGCAGUCGGGAAACUUGACUACACAGUCGAAAGUGAUGCAAUCACUGUUACAACUGAGCACACUGUGGUUGAAAAGGAGAGUGUAUUUCGAAAGAUGAACACAAAUGUACAGUUAGGGAAGAAAUACUUCAUUCUUUUAACUGGAAAGACAUUGAAGUCUGAUGAACACUUCGUAACUCGGCUCAAAAAUGAAGCAAACUGGCUGGAGAAGGUGGAAACAGUGAGUGCGUGUGAUUUCAUUCUGGCUUUCUGCCCUGUCGUUUCACAAGCUGGAACUGACAUUGAAGCAGCCGUGAAAAAGCUUCAUGAUACUUCAGCCACAAAACCUGCUGUUCUGGUGGUGCUCCAUCGUACGUUUGAUCCAGAGUAUGUUGCACCAGACAGCAGCAGAGCUGUAAACACAAAGAAUAUAAUCACCUUCGACUGUCUGUUCCAUGAAGCUCAGGGAUUACUGCAGUGCAAGAAAAAUGAUGACGUCUUUAAACGCAUUGAAAUGCAGACAAAACCACGGCCACAUGACCCAGGGGAAAGUCAGGCCAGUCAGAAGAUCCCUGAAUACGAACGUGCUUCUGAAAAACUUGACACAGCAAUUACACAAUUGGAAACAUUUGCAAAGGAAGAAGUUGAAAAUAAAAUGGAGUCACUUCGGAAGGCAGGAAAGAUGAACACAAAUGUACAGUUAGGGAAGAAGUACUUCAUUCUUUUAACUGGAAAGACAUUGAAGUCUGAUGAACACUUUGUAACUCGGCUCAAAAAUGAAGCAAACUGGCUGGAGAAGGUGGAGACAGUGAAUGCGUGUGAUUUCAUUCUGGCUUUCUGCCCUGUCGUUUCACGAGCUGGAACUGACAUUGAAGCAGCCGUGAAAAAGCUUCAUGAUACUUCAGCCACAAAACCUGCUGUUCUGGUGGUGCUCCAUCGUACGUUUGAUCCAGAGUAUGUUAUACCAGACAGCAGCAGAGCUGUAAACACAAAGAAUAUAAUCACCUUCGACUGUCUCUUCCAUGAAGAUCAGGGAUUACUGCAGUGCAAGAAAAAUGAUGACAUCUUUAAACACAUUAAAAUGCAGACAAAACCACCGAUGCAAAAAGCAGCCAUCAACUUCAAAGAAUGGGGCCGUAAAAUCAGGGAUAAUGAACAAGGACCUUCCUCUCAGAUGCAAAAAUCAGCCAUCAACUUCAAAGAAAGGGGCCGUAAAAUCAGGGGUAAUGAACAAGGACCUUCCUCUCAGCCAUGUGACCCAGGGGACAGUCAGGCCAAUCAGAAGAUACCUGAAUAUGAACAUGCUUCUGAAAAACUUGACACAGCAAUUACACAAUUGGAAACAUUUGAAAAGGAAGAAGUUGAAAAUAAAAUGGAGUCACUUCUGAAUGCAGGAAAGAUGACCACAACAGUAUCGUUAGGGAAGAAGUACUUCAUUCUUCUAACUGGACAGACAUUGAAGUCUGAUGAACACUUCGUAACUCGGCUCAAAAAUGAAGCAAACUGGCUGGAGAAGGUGGAGACAGUGAGUGCGUGUGACUUCAUUCUGGCUUUCUGCCCUGUCGUUUCACAAGCUGGAACUGACAUUGAAGCAGCCGUGAAAAAGCUUCGUGAUACUUCAGCCACAAAACCUGCUGUUCUGGUGGUGCUCCAUCACGCGUUUGAUCCAGAGUAUGUUGCACCAGACAGCAGCAGAGCUGUAAACACAAAGAAUAUAAUCACCUUCGACUGUCUGUUCCAUGAAGAUCAGGGAUUACUGCAGUGCAAGAAAAAUGAUGAUGUCUUUGAGUACAUUAAAAUGCAGACAAAACCACCGAUGCAAAAAGCAGCCAUCAACUUCAAAGAAUGGGGCCGUAAAAUCAGGGAUAAUGAACAAGGACCUUCCUCUCAGAUGCAAAAAUCAGCCAUCAACUUCAAAGAAUGGGGCCGUAAAAUCAGGGGUAAUGAACAAGGACCUUCCUCUCAGCCAUGUGACCCAGGGGACAGUCAGGCCAAUCAGAAGAUACCUGAAUAUGAACAUGCUUCUGAAAAACUUGACACAGAGAUUACACAAUUGGAAACAUUUGAAAAGGAAGAAGUUGAAAAUAAAAUGGAGUCACUUCUGAAUGCAGGAAAGAUGACCACAAGAGUAUCGUUAGGGAAGAAGUACUUCAUUCUUCUAACUGGAAAGACAUUGAAGUCUGAUGAACACUUCGUAACUCGGCUCAAAAAUGAAGCAAACUGGCUGGAGAAGGUGGAGACAGUGAGUGCGUGUGAUUUCAUUCUGGCUUUCUGCCCUGUCGUUUCACAAGCUGGAACUGACAUUGAAGCAGCCGUGAAAAAGCUUCAUGAUACUUCAGCUACAAAACCUGCUGUUCUGGUGGUGCUCCAUCACACGUUUGAUCCAGAGUAUGUUGCACCAGACAGCAGCAGAGCUGUAAACACAAAGAAUAUAAUCACCUUCGACUGUCUGUUCCAUGAAGAUCAGGGAUUACUGCAGUGCAAGAAAAAUUAUGAUGUCUUUGAGUCCAUUAAAAUGCAGACAAAACCACAGAUGCAAAAACCAUUAAUGCUCUUGAAAGAAUGGGGCGGUAAAAUCAGGGAUAAUGAACAAGGACCUUCCUCUCAGAUGCAACAAGCAGCCAUCAACUUCAAAGAAUGGUGCCGUAAAAUCAGGGGUAAUGAACAAGGACCUUCCUCUCAGCCAUGUGACCCAGGGGAAAGUCAGGCCAAUCAGAAGAUACCUGAACAUGGACAUGCUUCUGAAAAACUUGACACAGCGAUUACACAAUUGGAAACAUUUGAAAAGGAAGAAGUUGAAAAUAAAAUGGAGUCACUUCUGAAUGCAGGAAAGAUGACCACAACAGUAUCGUUAGGGAAGAAGUACUUCAUUCUUCUAACUGAAAAGACAUUGAAGUCUGAUGAACACUUCGUAACUCGGCUCAAAAAUGAAGCAAACUGGCUGGAGAAGGUGGAGACAGUGAGUGCGUGUGAUUUCAUUCUGGCUUUCUGCCCUGUCGUUUCACAAGCUGGAACUGACAUUGAAGCAGCCGUGAAAAAGCUUCAUGAUACUUCAGCCACAAAACCUGCUGUUCUGGUGGUGCUCCAUCAGAUGUUUGAUCCAGAGUAUGUUGCACCAGACAGCAGCAGAGCUGUAAACACAAAGAAUAUAAUCACCUUCGACUGUCUGUUCCAUGAAGCUCAGGGAUUACUGCAGUGCAAGAAAAAUGAUGAUGUCUUUGAGUACAUUAAAAUGCAGACAAAACCACCGGUGCAAAAAGAAUUAAUGUUCUUGAAAGGAUUAUCCAGAAGUGACAGUAGUAAUGAGCAAGGACCUUCCUCCCAGCCAUGUGACCCAGGGGAAAGUCAGGCCAAUCAGAAGAUACCUGAAUACGAACCUGCUUCUGAAAAACUUGACACAGCAAUUACACAAUUGGAAACAUUUGCAAAGGAAGAACUUGAAAAGAAAAUGGAGUCACUUCUGAAGGCAGGUUUUUCUGAGUUAAUUCUUGCAACUGAACUGAGGCUGGUGUUGUUGGGGAGGACUGGAUCUGACAAGACUGCAGCAUUGAACAUCAUCCUGGGCAGAGAGGAGAGGAACCAGGCUGCUGCAUCUCUAUCCACCCAGCAGAGUGAGAGCACACAGGGGGAAGUGGCUGGGAGGAGGGUGAUUGUGGUGGACACGCCUGACUGGUUCUCUUCUGAACUCUCUUUGGAGGAGCUGAGACAGAAUGUGGAACACUGUGUCCAUCUGUCUGUUUCAGGACCCCUUGUCUUUCUUCUGGUCAUACCUGUAAAGCAUUUGGAAGACACAGAAGUUCAUGAACAGGAAGAGACAAUAUCGAAGCUGAAAUAUAUUUUUGGGAACAGAUUGUGGGGAAACGUCAUGAUCCUCUUCACUGUUCGUGAUGAACUUCAGAAGAACAACAUUGAGGAGUGUAUCCAAACAGGAAACUGGGGAUUUCACAGACUUGUAGAGAAAUGUGGGAAAAGGUCUCACUGUCUUAACAUUAUGGAGAGGGAAAAUGGUUCUCAGAUCUCAGAGCUGCUGGAGAAGAUAGAGAAGAUUGUGGAAGGAAACAAAAAUACAAGUGAGAUUUGUCAGAUGAUUGGAAAAAUGCAGAGUGAAAGAGAGGCGAAGGUUGCAGCGAUCAGAAAAGAGCAACAUGAAAUGCAAAAAAGCCUGAACACCUUUGAGAGUUAUAUUAAGGAUUAUGAAAAUGAUCUAAAAACCUUAGACAAAAGCGAUCUGAAAAAUAGAGAUGUGGUUCGCAAGCUGAAACAGGAGCACGAGUUAAGAAUAGAUAUUGGGCAACGUAUAAAGAAAAUGUAUGGCAAUGUUGCAGAUCUGGAAGAAAACAGACGAUUUAUGAAGGUUAUUUUGCCAGAAAACCAGCAAACUGUAUGGCUUUCACUGCCAGAUGAGCAGAACAAAAUGAUUCAAGUGCAGAAUGAGCUAACUCAACUUAAAGAAUUGGUUUUCAAAGUACCUAGAAAAGCGUAGGAUUAAUUAAAAUAUAUAUAAUUUGUGAGGAGGAUGAAGUUCUCUUCCUUUCUGUGUCCUCCCACUGUAUUAACCCUCAGCUGUCACUGCGAGACACACACACACCCAUCAAUAAUAAGACACAGGUGUGAUAACUUUGCCACUCACCUUCCCUGGCCUCACCCUCCAUUCACAAACUGGCACUCGACCACACCCCUGCUGCCACAUACUGUAAGUCUGUAGGUUUUGUAUCUAGUUAUAAAGCUUAGCCCUUCAUCUUGUGGCACCAACUGCCAUCUGGCGCUCCCAUAGUGCCUUGGGACGAUCAAAUCUUACACUAUGUGGGUGAUAACAUCAGAAGCCCACAUCGAGUUCCACUUCUAUCAGCUGUGAACAGAAAGCUGAGGCUGCAAUGGGCACAGGCUCACCAAAAAUGGACAGCUGAAGACUGGAAAAAAUGUAGCCUGGUCUGAUGAAUCUCGAUUUCUAGCUUUAAAUCUAGGUUAAAGACCAAGCUGUUUUCAGAUGCUUUCUGUUAAAUAAUUAAUAUUUUUACAUUUUUUAUAAUCUUUACUUUCUCUGCAUGUUUUAAAUUUACUUUAACUUUAUUCUAUUUUAUUCUG